CAAGAGUGCAGGCGUUCACUGCCAGCUGGUCUCUCUGUCUGAGCCUCUCAGAAAGAGGGAGAGACGCUGCUUUUGAUGCUAUUGCUCGAGCUAGACGCUAAACCGAGCGCAAGCGUGAAACCGACACGAGAUGCGCUGCAAAAUCUAUCUGGAUUCGGAGGAAAUGAGCUGAGCUGUGAACGAGAAGAAGAUGACAGUGAUGAUGGAGAGGAUCGGGGCGAUUCGGCUUUACCUUGUGAAAUGGAUUUGUCUACGCUGGGCUUGGGUUUGUGUGGCUGCCUGUGGUGGGAAAGUGGAGUUACACACCGAGAGGAGAGGAGUGAUCUACAGCCCAUCAUGGCCCCUCAACUAUCCGCCCGGAGUGAACUGCAGCUGGAAUAUACAGGGAAGCCGCGGAGAUGUGAUCACAAUCAGUUUUCACAGCUUUGAUGUGGAGGACACGGGGGACUGCAGGGGCGACUGGCUGCUGCUCGGCCCCACAUGGAAAGCUGAGUAUCGGUUCUGUGGCUCUGUUCUUCCUCCUCCCUUCAUCUCCUCCAGAGGACGAGUCUGGGUCUACUUCCACUCUCAGGCUAACAGCUCUGGACAGGCACAAGGCUUCAGACUAUCUUACAUUCGUGGUCGACUGGGUCAGAGUAGUUGUGAGAACGAUGAAUAUUUAUGUGGAAAUGGUAAGUGCAUUCCACGUUCCUGGCGCUGUAAUGGAUUGGACGAGUGUGGAGACAAUACAGACGAAAGGAGCUGUGCUACCCAACCAACACCUGCCCGGGUCAGUCUGUGUCCUCCUGGUACCUUGCAGUGCUCUGAUAUCCAAUCUACCCGCUGUCUGCCGGUGUCUCUGCGCUGUAAUGGAGCCCGGGACUGUCCUGACGGAUCCGACGAGGCCCACUGUCCCGAAACGUCCUGUGGAAAACGCUUAGUCAACUUCUAUGGGACGUUUGCCUCACCUGAUUUUUUCCGUCCAAACAGGAGCGCUGGCACAGAUCUUCACUGCACAUGGUUCCUAGACACACAAGACCCAAAGCCGUUGGUGCUGCAGGUGGAUCUACAGCUGGGUGUGGGAGACUCUGUCCGUGUUUACGAUGGAUUGGGAGAACGUGCAGAACGCCUUCUGCAGAGUCUCUCUCACCAUAAUAACCACAGACGAGCCCUGCUGGAGUCGUCGCAGGGACAGAUGAGCAUCUUCUACCACGCCAAACCACACAGCCCUGGACACGGAUUCAACGCCACCUACCAGGUUAAAGGGUACUGCUUUCCAGGUGAGCAUCCAUGUGGCACAGACGAGGGCUGUUACUCUGAGCUGCAGCGCUGUGAUGGCUACUGGCACUGCCCUGGGGGGCGAGAUGAGGAGGACUGCCCGCUGUGUCUGCCGGGAGAGUAUCCCUGCGAGGGUGGCAGUGGGGCGUGUUACUCAGCCUCCGAGAGGUGUAACAACCAUAAGAAGUGCCCCGAUGGCUCAGAUGAGAAAAACUGCUUUGACUGCCAGCCUGGAAACUUCCACUGUGGAACCAACCUGUGCAUCUUUGAGACGUGGCGCUGCGAUGGGCAGGAGGACUGUCUCGACGGCAGUGAUGAAAGAGACUGUCUUGCAUCCGUGCCCAGGAAGGUGAUCACAGCGGCUCUGAUUGGCAGCUUGGUCUGUGGGCUGCUUCUGGUCAUUGCACUGGGUUGUGCCUUUAAACUCUACUCGCUCAGGACAAGAGAGUACAGAGCUUUUGAAACCCAGAUGACUCGACUAGACGUAGAGUUUGUUCAGAGGGAGGCUCCACCCUCUUAUGGUCAACUGAUAGCUCAAGGUCUCAUACCUCCAGUUGAUGACUUCCCAGUGUACAACCCAACCCAGGCAUCUGUUCUGCAGAAUCUCCGCUCAGCUAUGCGGAGGCAGAUUCGUCGUCACUCUUCUCGUCGUUCCUCAUCACGGCGGCGACUAGGUCGUCUGUGGAAUCGCCUGUUCCAUCGUGGCUCUCGGUUACGGGGUCAGAUACCUCUCCUCACGCCUCCAGGCCACACGCACACAAACACACACCCCGAUCUGAGCCUUCACAGCUACAACACAACGGACGAUGGCAUCGAGGAGUCACGUGAGAGUGCGGGACACACUCCGCCAUCCUGUUCGACGGUGGCACUGGGACUGGCCCUGCAGGCUCACACUGAGGCCCUCUGCCUUCCUGACAGAGAGUCUCCAUCCUCUCCUCUCUCCCUGCCCUCCCCCAACUCAACCCGCUCCACCUCUGACACCCUGGAGGACGAAGAUGAUGAAGAUGACAGAAGUUUAGAGGGGAUCAGGAUGAGAUCCAAACAGGGCAUUUCCCUGAAACAUAAAGAUGAUGACAGUCCUCCUGGACCCCCCGAUAGCCCCAAACGCAGCACAAGCCGGUUGAGGUCCUCCAGACGGCUGGUGCAGGAACUGGCUGCAGAGCUCAGAGGAGUCUCAUUCUUAAGGUACACCUCUAUGGGCAUCUCGCCACUUUCCUCCCCUGAGUCACCGACGUCCUCCAGCGGUCAGUCUGAGGAGCAGAGAAGCUUUCCUGCAUUCAGAAAACCACAUAUGGACGCACACACAGACUCGCUCACAGAUGCUCAUGGACACGCCAGGAAACCUUCAGUAACAGAAGAGGUUCCUGGUGACAGUGUCAGGCUUUGCAGACUCACAACUAGCGAGGAAGAGGAUGAGGAGAUUUUGUUAGUGCACUGAAUAGCCUUUAUCACCAUCCCUGUUCUGAUUUUGUGCCAACACAGUGAGUCUUAAAAGGUUCAACCAACGGCCUUCCAUCCAGAGUCAUAAAGUACAGUACGUUUACAUGCCCAGUUAUAAUCAAGUUUUUUGCAUUGUCAAGCUACAAUCUUUAUCUAAGAAUGCAUAAUGAAAUGUGUACACAGAUAUUUGAAGGAUUAAAUACACAAGGCCAAGGCCAAUUGCAGUCUGAUUAAAGAGAUAGUUCACCCAAAAAUGAAAUUCUGUCAUUAA